UCCCCCUCUCCCCCUCACAACCAGCCCUAGAAAUCAGCUAAAAGAGCUAACAAAGAUCGAAGCAGACGAUGAAGGGCCCUAAUAACCUCAUCGGAGCCAUUAAUUUCCUCACUUUCUUGGCCUCGAUCCCGAUUCUCGGCGGCGGGAUUUGGCUCAGCAGUCGCGCGAACAGCACCGAGUGCCUUCGUUUCCUCCAAUGGCCCAUCAUCGUCAUCGGAAUCACCAUCAUGGUGAUCUCUCUAAUGGGCUUCAUCGGCGCCUGCUAUCGCCAGACCUGGCUCCUCCAGCUCUACCUCGUCGUCAUGUUCCUCGUCCUCGCAGCCCUAAUCGGCUUCAUCGUCUUCGCUUUCGCCGUCACCGAUCGAGGCCACGGCCAGGUUAUCGUCAACCGCGCCUUUCCGGAGUACCAGCUCUCGGAUUACUCCGGCUGGCUUAAAAAUAGGGUUAGUGAUCCCAAGUACUGGUCUAAGAUCAGUUCCUGCCUUCGAGACUCUCAUGCUUGCUCUGGAAUGCGCCGGCGAGUUCGAGAUACGGCGACGGGGAUGAUCUAUCCGGAGCCUCCCGAUAUGUUCUAUCAGCGACAGCUUUCCCCCAUUGAGUCUGGGUGUUGCAAACCGCCAACAUCUUGCGGGUAUACCUACGUGAACGAGACGAUGUGGAACUCUGGUGCGACGACGGUGGUGAACGAUGUUGAUUGUACCCGAUGGAGCAACGAUCAACAACAGCUCUGCUACCAGUGCGACUCGUGCAAGGCCGGCCUCUUAGCAACCCUUCGGCAUAGCUGGAGGAAGGUCUCGAUCAUCAACGUUGUCAUCCUCAUCAUCCUUGUAAUCGUGUAUGUCGUCGCAUGUGCUGCAUUUAGGAACAACAAGAGAAUGGACAACGACGAGGCUUAUGGCGAGGCGAGGAUGACGAAGUCGCGACCGAGCUGGCUUCGUUUCUAGUUGAGAGAAGUGUCAAAAUGAUCGCCAGACUUUUUUUAUAGAGGCUUGUUUUAGUCCCAGAGUUCAUAAAAAUAUCCAAUUUAGUAUCCAAACUCUUUUAAUGACGACUAAUUUGGCAUUUUGGACUUAAACGACCUCAUAUAAAUAGUUAGGGGACUAUGUUAACACUUUAAAAAACAAUAUUGUUACAUAAAUGUGAAAAAUUGGUGAAGAAUCCUUGUAUUUUGUUCAUGGUUUUGUUUCUUAGGCUAGAGAGAAGUAGAGGAGGGAUGUGUUUGAAUGUAUAUUAUUUGUUUAGCAUGUUUUGUUAUGUUUUGGUUGAACUUUAUUUCCCUGUAUCUUGUAAAUGGAGACAUUGCUUCUGCUUGUAGGAGUAGAUUUUCUUUUAU